AUGCUCAUAUACACACAUGUACGUGUGCCAGAAGACAUACACAAGCCUCGCCCAUUCGCGUGUCCCACUCUCGCCAGACCUAUUUCGCAGCCGCCCCACGACGAGCCACUCCGUCGCACCGCUUGCCCCCCAAUCGAGCACCUGCCUCCACCGCCUCAAGUCUGGACUGGUGCUCACCAUUCUGCUUGCAUCGUGGACAGACAGUUCAGAGCUCGACUCCACGAUCGCCUCGUACAUGAUGCCGACAGCCAGCAGAUGGUCACCGCCUCGUACAGCUCGUUCGCGUUCCGCUCACUUGUCCGACGGUUACAUGAGUCCCCUUCCCCACCCACUCCUCCCAUGCUCAUGCCCCCUCUCGCCGCUCCCCUCGUCCCACACACACACACAUACACACAUCGCCUCUGUCAGACUCGUUAG